AUGAAGUCGGUUAAGAAAAAUAGGCACAUGAAAAGGUCCAAGGCGCAGCCUUUUCCAGCCUUUAAAUCUUCUACUGCAAUCACGAAUCCGUACAGAGCUCCCCCGAAAGGACUGAAGGAAGGGCAAUACAGGAGCAAGGAGACGAUACGAAGAUUAAACAUGUACAAGGAGAAGCCGAACUUCGCGAAAAUGAAGAUUCAGCCCACAGAGCCGGCCAGAAUUAACCCAGACAGAAGGUGGUUUGGAAACACAAGGGUGUUAACUCAGGAACAAAUGGAAAAUUUUAGAAACGAGCUGGGAAACGUGAAAAAUGAUCCACGAACUCACAUCAUAAAGAGAAGCAAGCUGCCAAUGUCUCUACUCACAGAUUCGAACAUAAAGGUGGACAACUCGAAGAUUCUGACCCUGGAGUCGAUGGAGGAGACGUUUGGAAAGAAGAGCAGGAGGAAGAGGCCAAAGCUAAGUGUGUCAACGAUAGAGGAGUUGGUUAACGACGUAAACUCGAGAGUUUACGACAGCAACAAAGAUAAGUCACUGACGGUGAUAGGAGACCACGUAAGCGAGGAAACGCCGAACGUGAUAUUUAAGAAGGGGACGUCAAAGAGAAUAUGGGCAGAACUCUAUAAAGUUAUUGACUGUUCGGAUGUAGUGGUACAAGUAAUAGAUGCGAGAGAUCCGAUGGGAACAAGGUGUCUGAGACUGGAGAAUUAUAUAAGAAAACAUAAAAGCAGUAAGGUGCUGGUGCUGUUGAUGAACAAGUGUGACCUGGUGCCAUCAUGGGUAACGGCAGCAUGGAUCAAGCACCUAAACAGAGAUAUAACAACAGUGGCAUUCCACGCAUCAGUGACGAACCCGUUCGGGAAAAACACAUUCAUUCAACUGCUCAAGCAAUACUCACAGUUGUUUAAAGACAGGAAGCACUUCAGCGUAGGAUUCAUAGGGUACCCGAACGUAGGAAAGAGCUCAGUAAUAAACACACUAAAGGGGAACAAGAGCUGCAAAACAGCACCAAUACCAGGUGAAACGAGAAUAUGGCAGUACGUGUGCCUAACAAAAAGGAUACACCUGAUAGACUGCCCAGGAGUGACGCCAGUAGAGGGAGACGAAUCUGACAAGAUCCUUAAAGGAGCAAUAAGAGUGGAAAGAAUACCGGACCCGGAAAAUUAUAUAUACAAGGUGUUGAAAGUAUUACAAAAGGAAGCACUGGUACACAGAUACGGAGUGAAGGACUUCAACGAAGAAAAUUUCCUGGAACUGGUGGCAGCGAAAUUUGGGAAGUACAAAAAGGGGAAGAUACCAGACGUGUCAAUAGCAGCGAGAAUAGGUGAGCGUGGAUGUGAAUGUGUAAAUAAACACGUUUUAGUCCUCUAUGACUUUCAAAGAGGAAGGCUGCCCUUUUAUACUGAGCCACCAAAGGAAGAAAGUAAAGUAGAUCCAAGCGAGGAGAUAAGAAAGCACCUGGAGGAGAUAGACAGUUACGAGUUCCCAAAGACAGCAGAAAUCGAAGAAGAAGACGUUGAAAACAUAUGUAACCUCAAGGAAACGGAAGAAGAAGGAGAAAACAAGGAGGAAAAGGAGGAAGAAAGUAGUGAAUCGCAGUUAGAAUCUUACCCACAUAACACACUCUCCCAAAUCCCCAAUCUGGAUUAUAACGCAUUCCUUACAUAA